AUGGAUUUUAUGAGUGGGCUGCCCUUAACGCUUACGAAAAAUGAUUCGGUGUGCGUUAUUGUGGAUCAACUAACGAAAUCUGCCCAUUUUAUACCUGUUCGUACUGAUUUAUCUUUGCAGAAGUUGGCUACACUGUAUGUGGUUGAGAUUGUAAGACUGCAUGGAGUACCGGUUUCUAUUGUACCUAGUAGAGAUCCUCGUUUCACAUCUUGGUUUUGGAAGAAGUUACACAAGGCUUUGGGUACAAGACUGGACUUUAGUAUUGCGUUCCAUCCUCAGACAGAUGAAUUAGUUUUUAACAUUGAAAAAAAGGUAAAAGUGAUUCGAGGCCGGUUGAAGGAAGCAUCUGAUAGACAGAAGUCUUAUGCGGAUCUUAAGCCCCAAGAGAUUAAGUACUCUGUGGGGGAUUUUGUUUUUCUCAAGGUUUCUCCUUGGAAAAAGAUACUAAGGUUUGGACGGAAGGGUAAGCUUAGCCCUAGGUGUGGGCCUUACCAUAUACUGAAGUGUGUGGGACCGGUUUCUUACGAACCUGACUUGCCUCCAGAAUUAGACCGGAUUCAUGAUGUGUUUCAUGUCUCCAUGUUAAGGCGUUAUCGCUCUGAUCCCAUGUAA